AAGUCCCCUGCCCUAUUCAGUCACACGGCGAACGUUCGGUUGAUCUGAUUGCGUUGCUUCGCGUGUCAUAUUCAGUGUUGCAAAUUGCGAGUGCUCGUGUUUCUCUUUUUCUCUCACACUUAAGAAUUUGUAUUCUUUUUCUUAAUAUCCUUUCUUUUUCCUACUCAUUAUUUUGAUUAGCCAUAGCUAUAUAUAUCUCGAUGCAAUUUACCUUUUUCUGUUUUUAUGUAAAAUUUCAUUACGUUGAUGUAACAAGUGAAGCAACAGGAUGCAAUUGCGUCAGAGAAGUGAAAUUUACUCUGAAAGCUUUAUUCGAAGAAGAGUGACGAAUCUUCAAGAAUCUGGAAGUGGUCUGACUUCGAGCGUUCUUUACUCUUUUAAGAUGUCAAAAUUGAUACAAGCAGUUAGAUAAGAGCAGACGGACAAGCGGCUAACGAAACAAGAAUCGGAUCGCGGAGUGUUGCUGCAAAACUGUCCAGAGCAAUUAACUACUUGAACGAAAGCUGCUAUUCCUGUAUAGUACUAUCUGCUACUACUCGUGGCAGUCCCACGGGCAAACUGGUACAAAGAUUGUCGAUCGAUUUUAACGGCGACAAGGCAACAGUGUAAAUUCUACAUUUUUUUUCGGCUUAUUGGAGUGUCUGUACAUAUAACUGAAUAGGGUAAGCAAAAGUUGACUCAGGACUGUGAUAAAGAAGAACUGCUACCAUUUCUCCGGAAUCAAGGCACGGGAAUCUUUUAUUUCUCUAUAUGCUUACGAAGACCGAUAUCCAAUAAUCGAAAGGAUAUAAGAAGCAUAACAUAGACAUCGGAAAUGACAACACAGGAUACUAUCAUUUCUAUAGAAGGGCAAGAUUUAGUCAGUGUGGAAACGCCAAAUUUCACGUCAAUCAUCAACAGUGUUCAGCCAGCUGCCACGUUUCUUUCCUUCUUUAUAAAUUUUCCCGGUGAUUAUUCGCCUUACAAUGCAAUAGAGGCGUUCUUCCUGACUGCGCUGCUCCUCUUCAUCACCUUCCUGACGAUAGCAGGUAACGCUACCAUCUGUUUCAUCAUCAUAUACUUUAAAAGAUUUCGGCGCUCCAACUACUUAGUGACCAGCUUGGCGGUGAGCGAUUUGCUGGUUGGUGUGAUAGUAAUGCCACCGGCCAUAAUUUAUCAAGUAUCGGGCGACUGGUACUUCGGCUCUAUCUCAUGCCACAUUUGGCUUAGCGCUGACGUGCUCAACUGCACUGCCAGUAUCUUCAAUCUCUGCAUGGUUUCCAUAGAUCGAUUCUGGUUGAUCAUGAAACCGCUGAAAUAUGAAACGAAGAGGACGAAAUUACGGAUGUCGUUGUAUAUCACCAUCAUUUGGUCACUAGCAAUGUGCAUUAGUCUGCCGCCUCUUUUAACGAUGGGAAACGAGUAUGUGGAAGUUGAGAAUGGGCCCACGCUCUGUGCGCUUUACCAGCAUUUUAUCUACCAAAUCUACGCCAUCGUAGGAAGUUUCUACAUUCCGCUACUCGUCAUAAUACCAAUGAAUUACAAACUAUUUAAUGCCGCACGCGAUAAAUCUUCCAUGAAUUAUCAAGAGGGUCGAUUUGAUAUAGAACUUAAUAUCAACAUUGACUCGUCUACCAAUCGUUGUCGGAAUAUACGUUCAACAAGCUGUCCACGACAUUCCUAUAAUAUUCACCUAAGGUCAGCUAAUGCACCGGAGAUACAUUUAAAAAACGCCACUGCUUUUACGAGUGAAGAUCUAAAGCGCCAUCCCGCCGGUGAACGAGAAGAGAAUUUGUUACAAAAAUCGAUGAGAAUACUGAGAAUUCGUAAUAAUCAGGUUUGCAUUUGUAACAGACGCCAACAAAGAAGAAAAAGAAGUGAACGAAAAGCCAGUACUACCCUGGGUAUCAUUGUUGGUGCCUUCGUUGUUUGUUGGUUGCCGUUUUUUAUGCUGGCGCUAAUCAGGCCAUUCUACAAACCUGAUGAUAUCCCACAUUCAGUAUCGUCUCUAUUCCUUUGGCUUGGUUAUUGCAAUAGCGCGUUGAAUCCGAUCAUCUAUGCGAUUUUUAACAAAGAAAUUCGUAAACCAUUCAUAUUAAUAAUGUGUUUACGAUGGCGAAAUCUCAAUGAGUUAAUGCGCGAGGAAUAUUAUCACCAACAAUUCGGUGAACGAAGGACAAGGAAUGAACUGAACGGUAAUGACGGUACGGAUAAUACGGAAGGUGCGAAUCUUGUUGAUGAUAAUAACAAGAAUACCAGCAAUAAUGAUCACGAUAUCAAUUAUAACCAAAACGUCGAUAAUAACAACCAGAACGUUAAUAACAAUCAUCAGAAUGUCGAGCAGAACGCUCAAUACAGCGGCGAUAACAAUCAGAAUGCAGAUAGUAAUAAUGAAGAUAAUAAUCAAGAUAUCGUUAAUGACAAACAGAACAUUGAUAAUAAAAAGCAAAACAUCAAUGAUAACAAUCAGGUCGCCGUCGACAUUGAAGAAUCUGACGAAAUGGUUCGCUUCUGAUCUGAGGAGUGCUCCUCGAAUAAUGAGGAUCAUGGUAUUCAGAAAUCGUCACCGUAUUUGGACACUUUUCAAGUUAUCGCUGAAGUUCAUACAACUUGCAUAACAGAGACCCUUGUAUAAUCGAUCAAGAAGAAUACUAGGCAUAUUUUAGGACAAACGAUCUUUUCCUAGAAAAUUUCCCUAUUAUUUGAGGGAAAACAUACAAAUAGAAAUAAAAAAAAAGCAUUUUUACAUUUUCUAAAAGCACAAUGUUUUUAAAAUAUAUAUGUAAAGUUUUAUAUUGAUCUAAUAAAAAAAAAAUAUAUAUAUAUAUAUAUCCGGAGUUAUAGCAGUUUAAAUGAGACAUGCAUAUCUCAAUUACAUUGUAAAUGUUUGUAAAUGUUUGUAAAAUGCGUUUAAAAGAAAAAUAGACACUACUUCUUAAUAUGGUAAUAUAUACAAAUAAUGAAAAAGAAAUACAUAAAACAUGUCCAAAGAAGAAAAUGGGUAAAGAAUUAUAUGAUUACGAGAGGAAUAUUAAAGGUAACUGGCGGCAACUUACAGCGAUAUUAAUUAAUAUAAGCUAAUUAUACAGUCUACCAAUUAAUUGAAAUAAAACUGUAGAAGGAAUAAAAAGAAAA